GUAUAGAUAGGCUAUAGAUAUCAUGGAAAGCGCACACACGCGCGCACUCACUCAUCCGCCCCCUUUCUCUCUUUCUCUCUCUCUCUCUCUCUCUCUCUCUCUCUCUCUCUCUCUCUCUCUCUCGUGUUUUCCCCACACACCUCAAUAACGGUGCGUGCGAUAUAUUUGUGCAUAUAUUUUUAUGCACGGGGAUACAUUUUCAAUGGCUUUCGGCGAUCGUGGAUUAUAAAUUAUAUUUUUGAACAGCGGUGGAAUAUUGGCUACCAUCGACUCCAAUUGUGAAUAGCGUAUUCCUUAUUUUCUGACUGGUGUGUGGUAUUUUUGUUGCAUGCCGAGAGACUGUCAAGACUCGAAGACCACGUUCAAUGCCGUUGGAACAUGUCCUAUGUUCCCUUUCAAGAUGCGAGGUGUGCCGUCCCCCCCUCCUAUCGCCCCCAUGCCCCUUCCUUUGCCGCUCCCUCCUACGACCGCCCCGACUGGAACCCCCGUCUCUGUGUGAUCUCCGGAAAUCAGCUCUACAUGUUGGACCAGGAGGAGGUACACCCUUUGUUGAUGCGCGAGCGGCGCUCCGAGUUGCACAGGAACAAGCUGCUGCGGAGGACAGUCAGCGUUCCUGUUGAGGGGAGGCACCAUCCAGAGAUGGAGAACGCUCGCGCCCGGCGGAAGAGCAUAGCCAACGUGAAGCAGCCAAGCAUGGAGAUCCCUCCCACUGCCCCCCCCCAACCCUUCCGACAAUCCAGUUUCCUCAGUAGAAGGUUGAAGGGCUCUAUCAAGAGGGCUAAAAGUCAGCCCAAACUGGACCGCACCAGCAGCUUCCGACACAUGAUCCUCCCCCGCUUCCGCAGUGCCGACCAGGACAGAACGCGCCUGAUGCAGAGCUUCAAAGAGUCUCACUCCCAUGAGUCCUUGCUGUCUCCUAGCAGCGCAGCUGAGGCACUGGACCUCACCCUGGACGAGGACGCCAUCAUCAAGCCCGUCCAUUCCAGCAUCCUGGGACAGGAGUACUGUUUCGAGGUGACUACGGCUUCGGGAACCAAGUGCUUUGCAUGUCGCUCGGGUGCAGAGAGAGACAAAUGGAUCGAGAAUCUUCAGAGAGCUGUCAAACCCAACAAGGACAACAGUCGGAGGGUGGACAACGUGCUGAAACUCUGGAUCAUCGAGGCGCGGGAGCUUCCCGCCAAGAAGCGCUACUACUGCGAACUUUGUCUGGACGACAUGCUUUACGCACGCACCACCAGCAAGCCCCGGACUGACACCGUGUUCUGGGGCGAGCACUUUGAGUUCAACAACUUGCCAGCCGUCCGCAACCUACGCCUUCAUCUCUACAAGGAGACUGACAAGAAGAGACGCAAGGAAAAGAGCACAUACCUGGGACUGGUCAGUGUCCCUAUCUCCAGCAUCACGGGCCGACAGUUUGUGGAGCAGUGGUACCCGGUCAUCCAGCCUAGCAUCCUGGCCAAGGGGCAAGCAGGGGGCAAGAUCAUCAAUGCCUCGCUACGCCUCAAGUCCCGUUACCAGACCAUGAGCAUCCUGCCCAUGGAGCUGUACAAGGAGUUUGCCGAGUAUGUUACCAAUAACUACCGGACUUUGUGUGCGGUGCUGGAGCCUCUACUGAGCGUGAAGAGUAAAGAAGAGGUGGCCUGUGCGCUGGUCCACAUAUUACAGAGCACGGGGAAAGCAAAGGAUUUUCUUUCAGACAUGGCGAUGUGUGAGGUAGAUAGAUUCAUAGACCGAGAACACCUUAUCUUCAGAGAGAACACUCUGGCCACCAAAGCCAUAGAAGAGUACCUCAAGCUGAUUGGACAUAAGUACCUCAAGGAUGCAAUAGGGGAGUUCAUAAGGGCGCUGUACGAAUCAGAAGAGAACUGCGAGGUGGAUCCCAUGAGGACACCACCUUCUGUCCUUCCAGAUCACCAAGCCAAUCUCCGUAUGUGCUGCGAACUGGCACUCUGCAAAAUCGUCAACUCCCAUUGUGUGUUUCCUCGAGAGCUGAAGGAGGUGUUUGCCUCGUGGAGGGUGCGCUGUGCAGAGAGGGGGAGGGAGGACAUCGCAGACCGCCUAAUCAGCGGCUCCCUUUUCCUGCGCUUCCUGUGUCCGGCCGUCAUGUCCCCCUCCCUCUUUAACCUGACCCAGGAGUACCCAGACGAGCAGACGUCGCGCACGCUCACCCUCAUCUCCAAAGUGGUGCAGAACCUGGCCAACUUCUCCAAGUUUGGUAUGAAAGAGGAGUACAUGUGCUUCAUGAAUGAGUUCUUAGAGAUGGAGUGGGGCUCCAUGCAACAGUUCCUCUAUGAGAUCUCCAACCUGGACAGUGUGAGCAACGCGGGGGGCUUCGAGGGCUACAUCGACCUGGGCAGGGAGCUGUCCAUACUGCACAGCCUCCUCUGGGAGGUCAUGGCCCAGCUCAGCAAGGUAGGGAGGAUCAGGGAUGCCAUUAUCAAACUGGGUCCCUUGCCCCGCCUCUUGAAUGACAUCAGCAUGGCCCUGCGUAACCCCCACCUGCAGAGGCAACCCAGCCACCAGAACCAGACAGAUAGAGUCCAUGAGAGACAGACGGAGAGGCUGCUCUCACGACCCAGCUUCAACAGGGGAGUCUCCUCAGAGUUCCAGAAUCUCAUGAUGAAGGAUCUCAACAGCUCCAUAGAUAUCACUCGCUUGCCUUCCCCUACAUCUGGUGUGUCCGGUGGGGGGGUCAUGCCGUCUCGUGCUCAUCCUCAGCUGAGUUUCCAAGAGCGUGAUCACCCACAUCGAGCCUCCAAAGACGUUUUCUAUGUAACACGCCCUCCCUUGGCCCGAUCCAGCCCUGCCUACUGCACCAGUAGCUCCGAUAUCACCGAGCCAGACCACAAGGACUCCACAAUGAACAGCGUGUCUAACCUGCAGUCGGUGGCCAUGCUCAACUCCUCCCAGGCCUCCAUCACCGGCAUGGGCAGCUUCGGAGGGCUCAGCAGCCAGGGUGGAGGAGGCCUGGGCUCGGGCCUGAGUGGCCAGCUCCGGGCCGGAGGCCGCCUCUCGGCCGGCUCGGGGGGAUCCAGCAUGUCAGGGGGCCUCCGGCUGAGCCAGUUGAGCCAGAUGGGCACCACCACCGACUCGCUGUCCCAGCAGCAGCAGCAGCAGGCCGCCGCCCUGAGAUACCCGCUCUCCUUCCAGAACCCCCUGUUUCACCUGGCCACCGGCACUGCAGAUGGACCCCACCUUCACCACCAGCACAGCAGGGCUCAUCUCCCGCCGCCCCUGCUCCUGGCCCCGGAGCCUGACCCCGGUGGCUCGCACGAGGCCUACAUCCCCCAGUUCGCCCACGGGGGGUUCUCUCGCAGUGAGGACCUGUCCACCCUGAGGACCGGGGCAGGGCACCUGGGGCAGCCAGCCAUUAUCCACUCACACAGCUAUAGUGACGACUACAGCAGGGCUGAUUACGCACGGCGGCAACUGUCCAUGCACGGGCAGGAUAAUCUUCAACAGCAACAGCAGAUGGGCAUGGCCUCUCAGACUGGUACCUCCCACUCCUCCCUGGCCACACCCCCCUCCACAGUCCAGCCUGUGCGCCAGAGCUCCAUCGCCCCGCCUCCCGCUCAACGCGUCAAAUCACAGACCUCCCAUCAGCUGUCCGUCAGUGCGGCUGCUGCUCCCACACCAUCCGCUAAGACGCGACCGCCCAGUGCCAACCUAUCACCAGAGUCGGGCUACGGAGGUCGGCAACAGGCACCACGGCAACAGCUGUCGGUCAAAGACAACACAGCCCCUGGACUGCCCCACCAGCAGAGCUCUGUCAGGGAGAGCCAGGGUCCCCAGGGGCCACAGGGAGGCACUACAACAACCAUACAGCAAUCACAGCAGCAACAGCAACCACAGCAACAGCACCUGCUCAAACCUUCCAUUAGUAAACAGGUAUGCAGUCAGCCCUCGACCCUUAACCCCCCGACCCCAGCCAAUGAGAGAACAGUCGCCUGGGUCUCCAACAUGCCUCACCUCUCCGCUGACAUUACUCUGGAGGCUAACCGCAUCGACCGUGAGGAGUUCAAGCUGAAGGAGUACUCCAAAAGCAUGGAUGAGUCUCGCUUAGACAGGGUAAAGGAAUACGAGGAGGAGAUCCACUCCCUGAAGGAGCGACUGAUCAUGUCCCACAGGAAGCUGGAGGAGUAUGAGAAGAGGCUCCUCUCCCAGGAGCAGCAGACCAGUAAGAUCCUCUCACAAUACCAGAGUCGCCUGGAGGACAGCGAGAGGAGGCUACGGCAACAGCAGGUGGAGAAAGACUCCCAAAUUAAAGGAAUAAUCAACAGGUAA